ACGUGCAUUAAUGAUAGCUGUUUCACAAACACACACACACACACUUCCUUUACAUCUAUACUUUCUCCCUCAAUUUGCUGAUCUUUAUCACAUGUCAUGAACCUCUUGAAUAAAUACUCUACAUAAAAAAGAUCUUCUCUUUCUUGGGUAAUUUGAUUCUUGUACAUUUUGCAUAGAAUUUUUCAUUUAAUUCUAGAUGGAAUUUUUCCAGAAAGCCAAAUGUAUUAGGCUAAAGAGCAACCAUGAGAAAUUCUUACAUGCUGAUCCUGAUCAAGAAUCCGUAUACCAAGAUCGCAGUGGAUCUUCAAAGAGCGUUAAAUGGACUGUCGAAUUUCCAGAAGGAUUAGACAAUGUGAUCAGAUUGAAAAGCUGCUAUGGAAAAUACCUAACGGCCUUAGAUGAACAACAUCUAUUUGGUGUAACAGGUCAGAAAGUUGUACAAAGUUUGCCUAAUAAAUUGGAUUCAUUAGUUGAGUGGGAACCUAUUAAAGAGGGAUCCUUGGUGAAGUUGAAAACUAGAUAUGGCAAUUAUUUAAGGGCAAAUAGUGGAUUACCUCCUUGGAGGAAUUCAGUUACACAUGAUAUACCUCAUAGACAUCAAGAUUGGAUCUUAUGGGCAGUUGAUACUGUUGAGGUACUGCUGGAAUUGCCCGAUGAAAGCGUUUCGGAAUCAGGGGAUGAUGAUUUGGGCUCAUCUUUUCAUCUUACAACUCCUAAAUUUUCCAGGACUCAGUCCACUCUGAAGUCUGAAGGUAGGCUAAUCUAUUACUAUGUAGCGGACGAGAAUGGAAAUGUGAAUGAUUCAGUGAAAGGGCCUUCAUUUCAGUUCAAAGGGCAUGGAUUAGACGAACUGACUAAAAAAUUGGAAGAAGAAACCGGGAUAGAGAAGAUUGUUGUCUGUUCGCGGAACAAAUUUAAUGGGAAUUUAUAUCCUCUCCGUUUAGCAUUACCGCCAAACAAUGCAACUAUGCAUGUUGUUGUACUACCUGCAUCAUCUAAAGUGGCAAAAGAGCUGGUGGCAGAUGUUCCCACAUCCAAAUGGUCGGUAUUGAAGACUCGGACUCUAUCGUGAAAUAUUUUACCUGCCAACAAGAAAGAAGAUUCAAAAAAUCUUCAGCAAGUAUUUGAAGUUUAUGGCUUCAUGCGACCUCAUAGUCAAAUAUUUAUAGAUAUUUAGUUGAUUUUGUAAUACAUAUAUACAAUCUGGACAAAAGCUAUUGGGUCCACGCGAACCCAUAGAUGAUAAUUUAGAUCAGCUCCUGCCUGGAAGUGUGCCUAGCAUUUCUUUCUUCUUUCGUUGUAGUUUGAUAUUGUAAUGCAACCAAGAGAUAGUACCUAUGCAGGUUCCAGUUGAUGAGAGAAUUACUUAUUUGUUGAGAGUUAACAAAUGCAACACUCAUUGACAGUAUAUUUUGGGUUACAUAUAUCUUUUGGAGAUCAAGUUGAAAUUAAUGUCCAAUCUUUUCACUUGCA